GGAGCGCAUGUGGGGGCGCGCGGCGUGCAGGCGCUGCCCGCGAGGGCUGCGGCGCGGCCGGGAGGCGCUGCUGGUAUUGCUGGCGUUGCUGGCCGUGGCCGGGCUGGGCUCGGUGCUGCGGGCGCGGCGCGGGGCCGGGACCGCCGAGCCAGGACUCCCACGCACCCCGCGCUCUGGGCGGCGAGACCCAGUUCUGCCGCGGCCGCCGGUGCGGGAGGACGCUCUGGGCGCGCGAGGCGAGGCAGUGCGGCUGCAGCUGCAGGGCGAAGAGCUGCGGCUGCAGGAGGAGAGCGUGCGGCUGCACCAGAUCAACAUCUACCUCAGCGACCGCAUCUCGCUGCACCGCCGCCUGCCCGAGCGCUGGAACCCUCUGUGCAAAGAGAAGAAAUACAAUUAUGAUCAAUUGCCCACGACAUCUGUCAUCAUAACAUUUUAUAAUGAAGCCUGGUCAACUCUCCUUCGGACAGUUUACAGUGUCCUCGAGACAUCCCCAGACACCCUGCUAGAAGAAGUUAUCCUUGUAGAUGACUACAGCGAUCGAGAGCACCUGAAGGAACGCCUGGCCUCCGAGCUGGCCAGGCUGCCCAAGGUCCGCCUGAUCCGCGCCAACAAGAGGGAGGGCCUGGUGCGGGCACGGCUGCUGGGGGCUUCCGUGGCCAAGGGCGACGUGCUGACCUUCCUGGACUGCCACUGUGAGUGCCACGAAGGGUGGCUGGAGCCGCUGCUGCAGAGGAUCCAUGAAGAGGAGCUGGCAGUGGUGUGCCCUGUGAUCGAUGUGAUCGACUGGAACACCUUCGAGUACCUGGGGAACGCUGGGGAGCCCCAGAUUGGCGGUUUCGACUGGAGGCUGGUGUUCACGUGGCACGUGGUUCCCGAGAGGGAGAGGAUCCGCAUGCGGUCCCCCAUCGAUGUCAUCAGGUCUCCAACCAUGGCUGGUGGGCUGUUUUCCGUGAGUAAGAAAUAUUUUGAAUACCUGGGGUCUUAUGAUACAGGAAUGGAAGUUUGGGGCGGAGAAAACCUCGAAUUCUCAUUUAGAAUCUGGCAGUGCGGGGGGACCCUGGAGACACACCCGUGUUCGCACGUUGGCCACGUUUUCCCCAGGCAAGCUCCCUACUCCCGCAACAAGGCUCUAGCCAACAGUGUCCGCGCAGCUGAAGUAUGGAUGGAUGAAUUUAAAGAGCUCUACUACCAUCGCACCCCCCAGGCCCGCUUGGAACCCUUUGGGGAUGUGACAGAGAGGAGGCAGCUCCGUGCAAGGCUCCAGUGUAAGGACUUCAAGUGGUUCUUGAAUACCGUGUAUCCAGAACUGCACGUGCCUGAGGACAGGCCUGGCUUCUUUGGGAUGCUCCAGAACAAAGGACUAAAAGAUUACUGCUUUGACUAUAACCCUCCCAAUGAACACCAGAUCACAGGACAUCAGGUCAUUCUGUACCACUGUCAUGGGAUGGGUCAGAACCAGUUUUUCGAGUACACGUCCCAGAAUGAAAUACGCUAUAACACCCACCAGCCAGAAGGCUGCGUGGCAGUGGAGGCCGGAAUGGAUGUUCUCAUCAUGCAUCUUUGCGAGGGAGCCACCCCAGAGGAUCAGAAGUUCAUCUUGCAGGAGGAUGGUUCUUUAUUUCAUGUACAGUCCAAGAAAUGUGUUCAGGCUGAGAGGAAGGAAUUGAGCAACAGUUUUGUACCACUCUUACGAGACUGUACCAACUCAGAUCAUCAGAAAUGGUUCUUCAAGGAACACAUGGUAUGAAGGGUCACUGUACUACGGAGCCCAUCUAGAGGAGAUGGGGGGAGCCCCUGGACUCUGUGUUUAACAGACUUAGCUAAGCACAGAGACAGACACCAAAAACUUGGCUGCUCUUCUUUUCAUAAGGAAAUCAUUUUGUGAUUUGUGAAAGUGAUGUUGGCUUUAAUAAAAAUGUGAAUAAGCUUUGUACUGAUUUUGAAAACUUUAAAAUUGUUCCCAAAUACCCUGUUUUCAAAGGGUAGUCAUAAACGGUUAACUCUAGGUAUUCAGAGAAUUAAAAGCUUUAACUAUUUUUCUAUCA